AUGCCUAAAAUACAAUCUUCUAGCGGAUUUCUCACAUGAUAGACUUAUAAACGUAGAGAAAACUUAUGCAGCCCAACUCUAGUUGAAAAUGUAGGGAACUGCAGGAAUGGGCAAAGAAGAUAAACCUGGAAAUCGGUUAUAUAAAUGGCUAUUUCUGGAUAUUCCCGCUCAAAUAAACAAUAAAUAUGAGAGAUCUUCAGCUUCAAAUACCACAGAGAGAUCAACAUUCUGCAAAUCGACGCCUGAGAACAGUUUCGGAUCUCAAUAGUAAUCUACGUAAGACUGCGAAAAAGAGCUUCAAUCCUGCAUUAAAAGCUCUAUCCGAAGAUGAUUCUGCUAUUUUGGAGUCGCCGAAGGAGUUUUCUGAGACUGCGAAGAAGAGCUCGAAUCCUGUGUUAAAAGCUAUAUCCGAAGAUGAUUCUGCUGUUUUGGAGUCUCCGAAGGAGUUUUCCGAGACUUCAAAUGAUAGUCCCCUUGCUGAAUCUGCUGAGAACUCUCUGGCUUCAGUUCAUCCGGCAGAACCACAAUCAUCAGAAUCAGUUGAUGUCUCAGAUCUGACUUCAACGCUAUCCUCCUCCUCCGUGGCUCCUACUCCUAGCAAGCACGUCACCACUGGAACUGUCAGCACCAAGAAACCUGAAGUGGAUACUUUCAAGAUGGGAGGAUCAGUUGAGGCAGAGCUGGUGAUAAAACAUCUCAGAGAAGCUAGAAUUCAAGUCUUGAAAUCAAAAGACAUCGGCCCAGCAAAUUGCAUCGUGGAGGCUCUCAUAAGAAUCACAAUCGAAGAAGUUCACGGUGGUGUUCAUGAAGAGGAUGAAUGGCUUGAUAAACUCAUUUCAAGAAGAGGAAUAAAUGGUGAAACAAAGAAUGAAGCUCGGAUUGUGAAAAAGCUGUCCAGAAAGCUCUCAAAAUUGGCCACCCGGCCGGGUUAAUUUCAUGCCCAAUAAUACACCCGGCCGGGUGAUUUUCGCGAGGCACGAAAAUUCCAGCAACGUCUCAAAAAUGGCCACCCGGCCGGGUCAAAUUUCAGCUGCAAAAAUCUACCCGGCCGGGUAGGUGAUUUGAACUGCAAAUUGGCAGUUUCAUACGGCAGUUUCCUUUUCCAAGAAGAAAAAGGCAGAAAGGCGUGGAAAAAGAGAGGAGGAGAGAGGAAUUGAUUAGAAAAAGAGGAGGUGACGUGAUGGGGAACAGAAAGGAUGAAAAAGGGGGACAGAGGUUGGAAUUAAAAAGAAGGAAAAGGAGGCAGGAGAGAGACGGCUGGUGACAGGAAGGAGAGAAAGAGAGGAGGAAGAAGAGAAGGAAGAAAUUCCGACCAACAUUCCGACGAUCCAUCUCCAUAUCUCCAUUCUACUCAACAAGAGCAAGCUUCCUACGGUUUUAAUUGUUAUUAUUACCAUGUGCUUAGGCUAAACUCUUACGUUGCUCCUAAUGUGUGAAAGAUGUGAAUGACUUUUGGAUUCUAUGGAUUAGUAUUAUUCUAUGAUCUUUUCUACGGUG